AAAACUCAGCCUGGAUGGAGUUCACUUCCUGGCUUGCUGUGUUAGCCAUGGCGGGGCUAGCUUCUCUUUUCUUUCUCUCAAAACAUCUCCCAUUUCGAUCCCACAAGUUAAAACUGCCACCAGGUCCCAAACCUUGGCCUAUCAUUGGCAAUCUAAACCUUAUUGGUCCUCUCCCUCACCAAUCUCUUCACAAACUGUCACAAAAAUAUGGGCAGAUCAUGCAGCUUAGAUUCGGGUCAAUCCCAGUAGUGGUUUCCUCGUCUCCUGAAAUGGCAAAGCAAUUCUUGAAGACACAUGAUCACAUUUUUGCCUGUAGACCCAAAACUGCAGCUGGGAAGUACACCACUUAUAACCACACCGAUAUUGCAUGGGCACCUUGGGGACCUUAUCUGCGCCAAGGGCGAAAGAUAUAUCUCUCCGAGCUAUUUAGCUCAAGGAGACUAGAGUCCUAUGAGUACAUACGUGUUGAAGAAAGACGUGCUCUUUCUUCACGCCUGUGGGCAUUGUCUGGGAAGCCCAUCAAGGUGAAAGAGCAUCUGUCACGCCUCACUCUUAGUGUUAUCAGUAGAAUUGUAUUGGGUAAGAAGUAUUUUAGCGAAUCUGGACAUGAAAAAUCUAUAGUGACUCUUGGAGAAUUCCAAGAAAUGUUAGACGAGUUGUUCUUGCUUAAUGGGGUGCUAAAUAUUGGGGACUGGAUACCGUGGCUAGAUUUCUUGGACUUGCAGGGAUACGUGAAACGAAUGAAGACAGUGACAAGAAAAUUUGAUCGAUUCCACGACCAUGUUUUUGAAGAACACAAGGCCAAGAGACUAGGAGUGAAAGAUUUUGAGCCAAAGGACAUGGUGGAUUUAUUGUUGCAGAUCGCUGAUGAUUCUAACAAUCAGGUUAAGCUCACUUAUGACAACGUCAAGGGCCUCACUCAGGAUCUUGUAGCUGGAGGCACAGACACAUCUGCGACUUCAGUGGAAUGGGCAAUGUCUGAACUCUUGAAGCAACCCCACCUCAUGAAGAAGGCUACCGAAGAGCUUGACAGUGUUAUUGGGAAAGAUAGAUGGGUAGAAGAGAAAGACAUUCCACAGCUUCCUUAUAUUAACGCAAUUAUGAAAGAGACGAUGAGGAAACACCCUGUGGCUGUAUUGCUAGCACCACACCUAGCUCUGGAAGAUUGUGAAGUAGCUGGAUAUGAUAUUCGUAAAGGAACUACAGUCUUUAUAAACACAUGGAGUAUAGGAAGAGACCCAUCAGUAUGGAAUGCACCUGAAGAAUUCUGCCCAGAGAGGUUCUUGGGAACAAAUAUUGAUGUCAAGGGACAAAAUUUCGAGCUAUUGCCAUUCGGCUCAGGAAGGAGGAUGUGCCCUGGAUAUAGUCUUGGACUAAAGAUGAUCAGCUCUAGCUUAGCCAAUAUAUUGCAUGGAUUUGAGUGGAAACUGGAGGAUGACGUGAAGCCGGAAGAUUUUAGCAUGGAGGAAAUUUAUGGUUUGGCAACACCAAGAAAGUUCCCACUUGUUGCAGUAGUGAAGCCUAGACUCCCAUGCCAUCUAUACUAACUAAUUCUCAGUUUUAGCAUGAAUUAUCCAUCUUGAAUAACGCCUUUUAUAUAUUUUGUAACAAUUUCCUAGUUUGAGGACAAGUAAUUAGGUUGUGUGAUAUAUAUUAUUUAAA